ACUCAUUGACGAAUCACAACAAUCGAGCAUGGUGAUGGUCCUGGAAUACGUGUGUGCUGCUUAAGUCUGAUUUUUGUUUUAAUGGAAAUUUAGAGAACAGACAUUUCUGAAUCAGGAUGAACGUUAUUAACUGGAGCGACAACAGCUCGAGACAUGUCAGCAGGGAAUGGUCCUGGAACAGCUGACAUUGAAAAUGGCACCCAGGGCAUUUCAGUGGUCCAUGUGAGCAUUCCUAACCAAGCCAUACAGGUUCAGCCUGUCAUUCAGGCAAAUCCAACUAUCAUACACAGCGCAGGCAAUUAUCAGACAAUCCAAGUUGUCAGGGUUGCCGCAGUUGACGACGAUUUAUCUUCUGAUGACUCAGAUGCCAAGAAAAGAAGGGAAAUCCUAGCAAGAAGACCAUCAUAUAGGAAAAUUCUUAAUGACCUUUCCUCUCCUGUUACAAAAAUGGAAGAUGAUUCAAAUAGUAGUCAAAGUCAAGAUGGCCAAGAUUACGGUCAGGGUGGUACAUUGCAACUGAGUGCACAUGGAGAUGCUACACCAGCAACUCAAGGUCUGCAGACAUUAACAAUGACCAAUGCAAGUCCUACAUCUGCUUCUAAUUCCACAGGGGGAACCACAAUUGUACAGUAUGCCCAGGGGCCAGAUGGCCAGUUUUAUAUUCCAGUUGGAGGAACUAAUGUUCAAGCCUAUCAAAUAGCUACACCUGGAUCCUUAGCACAAAGUGUUGUAAUGACAGGCAGUCCUAUUUCUUCACCGCAACACAUGUCAGAGGAAGGUUCUCGGAAAAGGGAGUUGCGGUUAUUAAAAAAUAGAGAGGCAGCAAGAGAGUGUCGGAGGAAGAAAAAGGAAUAUGUCAAAUGUUUAGAGAACAGAGUAGCUGUAUUGGAAAACCAGAACAAGACAUUAAUUGAAGAACUUAAAGCAUUGAAAGAGUUGUACUGUCAAAAAGAUGCAUGACUUUAAUUUUUACCAUAGCAUUUGAAGCCAGAGAAUUUCUAAUGGCAACUCCUGUGUUGUCAAGUUUGGACCAGGGCUAUGUUCCCUAAAAUGUGAUACUAGGAAGCUUUAAGCUUUUUAUUUGGUCCACGGCACCAGCCAUUUCACAUUUGAGGCUCCUUGAACUGCAAGAGAAAACCUCAGAGAUGCCUAAAUAAGAGGCAUUCAAAUUGAUAGAAGAAUUUAUUGACUUUUCAUUUAAAAGUCAGUCUUCUGUUGUAUUUUCUUUUGUUUGUGUUUAAAGAGGUCAAAAUAUAUGGUGUUAUUUCCAUACUUGAAGAAGCGCAGAUAAUUUAAAAUGGCUGUGAUGAAGAAAUGUCUGUAGUUUAUUUUUAAUUACAUUUUUUCUGUAUGUUUUUCUUUUUACACUGUCAGAAUCAGAUUAUAUAGACAUUGCUUUGUUAACUCAUUGUUGGGUUUACUUUUUAUCUUGUUCCUGUAUUUUUUUUUCCACUGGUUCAUUUGUUUAUGUUCAAAAUUUCGAAAAUGUAUUUUUCUUCUCACCAAACAAUAUGGUACUCAUUUAAGUAAGGAUUUGUUUUCUAUCAAAAUAUAGUAGUUUUGCACUGUUUUGUGUACUGUUGGAACAUAUAUUUUAUUUAGGCGUUUUAUCUUGUACAUUUCAGCAUGAGCUAAAAUACUCUAGCGCUUUUAAAUUUGUAAAUGUUCAUUUUUAAUGAAAUCCAAAUUUAUUUCAUUUUUUUCCCUUGCAGCUGUAAUCAAACUUAGCACCUAUUUUUUAAAAUGCCAUCUUAUUCAAUUUAUGGAUUAAAUUUUUUUUUUUCCAUUUUUUUUUUGUGUUGAUCAUGGCAUUUUAAUGGUUUGUCUUCAAUUAAGACAGACUAAAGGGUAACUAAACAAAGUAGCCAUUUUAAAACUUUUCUUUUAUAAAAUAUAACAUUGAGUUAUAAGUGAGUCUUGAGUGUCUUCACCAUUGUAAAGCUCCAUUUGUUCCUAUUUCAUGCACAAUUUGCUCAGACCAAUUUAGAGGCAUGUUUUGUUUACUCAGUACCUAAUUCAUUAUCAUGCCUUUUCAUUCUAUGCCUUAGACUUCCACAAUUUACUUCAUUUCAAUGAUGUAUAAAUGCUUAUGUGAAGUGCUUUUUUAAAAGAAAACAAUUGAAUGUUCAGUAAUCUCAGAUUUUAAAAAAAUGUUAACUAUUGUUUUAAAUAAAGUUCAAAUUUUGAACUGGAAUAAUUUGAAGAUGUUGUAUUUAAAAAAAUGGUCUGUUAAGAUCUACAAAUAUGUUGAGAUCUUUUAACUUAUUUUUUACAAGCAAGAUCUUAGGUUCUGAUACAGUGGUAAUGUCAAGAUAUAUUGUUUAAAUAAAUAUGCAGCUUGUAUUGUAAAUUCUCAAUGUAUUUUUAAAUGAGCAAAUUCAUUUUCUCAAGACUGUUAAACUUCAACAAUGCAUACUGUAGAGUGGUAUUUAAAUGUACAUAGGAAUAAGUGAUUAAAUAGUAAUUGUUAUUGUGUGUGCACUGUAUGUCAUGUUGAGGAAAUUUCUGUACAUCUUGAAAACUGUCAUAAUUCCGGUUACAGAACUUAUAAAAAGUUUUACCACUAUCUGUAAGUUUCUUUUGAUGUUUUUUUAUUUGUUGUCUUAAUCACAUUUAAUUCAUGACUAGUAAUGUUUUUACAGGGGCUAAUUUGUAAUAUUUUACAAAGGCUAAAAUUUGUCUAGUAGGUUUCCAUAAUGUAAUCACUUAAGCAAUCAUGUGAAAGUGGUGUGUUAAAUAAAUACUCUGUGAUAAAUACUAAACGAAAUGCCAGGUGGGUUCUUAUUUAAUUCACCACUCUCCAUUAAUUGCCAUCAAAGUACUUCUCCCUUUUCUUUAGCACUGUCAAAGUACUUCUUUAAAAAUCAUGUCUAGCCUAACUGCAGUUUCUUUUCUAAAAAAAAAAUCACGUUUGUUUAUGGGGGUAUUUUAAAAGAUGCAUUUUGUAGUGAUCUGCAUAGUUAACUACAUUCCAUAAAGCUUGGUGAAACACCUUGAAAAAUCUGGUUUUGUAACUAAAUUUCUUAAAAAAGAGUUAAAUUAUUUUAUCUGUCUUCAGUGUAUUUAUAUCGUCAUGUGUACUUUUGGUUUAUUGUUGAUCCAACAAAAUUAAUGAUAUAAUAAAAUCUUACUGAACUGAA